GUCGGGCCCGUCCGCGGAAGAAGCUAACAAAGAAGGACUGCAGAGGAGGCAGGGCGAGGAAGGGGAUGGGCGAUGAUAAUCUCCAUGUCGGGCACAUGUAUGGGAUGAGGGGGGGGUGCUACGAACGGCGUUCCCGACGGAAUGCGUCACCGAUUCGACCCUGCGUUGUACACCCAUCUGUCGAGUCACAUGCAGCCCUUGCCAGAUGAUGAGGAGUGGGUGCUGCCCUCUUCAACCCUCUCUCUCGCAUGGGGGUCGACACAGACCUCCUACGAGUCCGGGGGCAGAUUGGGUGAUCGUGGCAGUGGGAUGGGUCCGAUGUCCACCUUGUUGACGGGAGCGCGGGGGGCGGGAGGGGAUCCUUUGCAACUGCACUUGUCGCCGACGUGCACGAUGGAUGCGUCAAGAAUCGUUCUCGUGGAGCACAACAGUCGGUCACAGGGCGGUUUGUCAGUGACAAUGCAGGAGGCCCGAGAAGACGGACAGCGGUCGCUGAGGUCAUCGUCUGCAUGCACGAGCAGCCAUAGUCGACCGCCGGCGUUCUCGACUCCUGUCAGCAAUGGGGUUCCCCACACUGUCCUGAAUGGAAGAGUGACGACAGCGACUGCGGCGGAGUCCCCACGAGUGAUAAAGAGGAUCAUAGCGCGGUACUCUAGGAUGCGUACUGACGUUGUACGCAACGAUGGAGGUGACGCCAACGCUGACGGUGAGGAUGUAGCAGAGGAGUGCAUGGAUGGCGGUGAUGAGAGCAAGGAGGAUGACAAGCCUGCUGUGAAGGAAGUCACAUCAAAGGGUGGGCAGAAGAAGGCAAGCAAGAGUUGUGGGAGGUCGAAGGCGAGGGAGGAAGGGGGGGGGGUGCAGAUGGCGAGAGCGGGGGAGGGAGCACGGGGCAGACCUGUCAUUUGGAUGAAUCGCUCGGAGAAAGACUUGGGCGUGCAAUCUUUUUUCCUGCUCACCUCAAAGAAGCGCAAAGAGCUAGGUUUCAAGUUUGCGAUGGAUCGACAACUGUAUGAUGCCAUCCACACAACAAUCCCCAACAAUCAGGGCCAUUAUCAGGCCAUACACCCGCCUAAUCUGCUUGACACCGGCGGACUGCCUCCACAACAACCGAAUGAGGGCGAGGCAGAUGGCCAAGCAAGAGGGCCGACUGUCGUGGGAGAAACGUCUGCGAGUGACAACAUGGACAGCGCAGCGGGGGAUGGGUAUGGCAGCAGAUCUUCAGGCGGCACGCUUGCAGGGAAGUGGAAGAAUGCGUGGCAGCUGGCCUUCGAUGCUGUCACGGACGUGAUGAAGACACAUUCGACAGUCGUGGCGGAUUUUGUGGAUCGUGCAUGCAGGCGUCAAUCAUGUGAUGUGCUGCAACGACAAUGCGAUAUCAUGGAGAGGGAGGCGAGGACGCAUGAGAAAUAGUGCGAGGUGCUUGACGCGGGUCAGCGCAUGUUGUGCGAUGCAUUGCUGAAGAUAGCAUCUGCGUUGUCUCGGAGUUGAAAUCCACACGC